UACAUAUAAAGGAUUGCAAAGUGUUUCCAAACAUCUACUUUCAGUUUUUUCUCAGGAUAUCUGUUGGUGGAAAGGAAAAGUGCACCAAGCUUCAAAGCAACAAAGAUGCCAGAGGAGGCAAAGCAGAUUUCUCACUUUGCUUCGAUGAGUGGAAAUACUUCUCCAUCCAGAUACCUGAGCAGAAUUCCAGUGCAGUGAAUCCCAAUCAAAUCAUGGUGGAGCUUCUUUUCUUUGAGCCAGCAGCAAGAGAUCCUAAACCAAUGGGCAGUGCUUUCUUCAAUGUGUUGAAAGUUCUCAAUGAAUCCAUUGUCACUCACCAGUUUAAUGUGAUGCUCAAUAAGCAGGUUGUUUGCAAGUUAGAUGUUGAGAUGGCCAUAACAUAUGGGUCAUUUGGUUAUGGACACUCUCAUCAGGUGAAGCAUCCUGAAAGGACUGUGGAGGAACAAGUGGAAAAAUCACUUUUUCCCCGCUGUCCUUCACCCGACUACCUCCAAGAUCCUGACUAUAAUGAAAAAACCACUCAGUCAGACAUUAUUUCUCAUUUGAUUCAAAGAGACAGCGAAGGAGGCAGAGAUCCCACCGAUCUUAUGAACCAAAUAGAGAAGAGAGGCAGGUGA